GGAAAAUUAGCGUCAUACAUUAUUGAUUUUUACUUCAGUUGGUAAUAUACACCAAAACAUAUUUUUUAUGUUGUAUAAGAAGCAAAGACACCAAUAAAAAAGAUAGGUGAUGGUAAGCCACUUUUCUAAUAAGGAUGACGUUGAGAAAAAAUUUUCUCUUCGGUAUAUCCUUUCAUCAAAUCGUGUGUUGUCACCAGCUGAAAAGCGUUUCCGUGCUCACGGCUACGCAAGGGCCGCGUUGCUGUUCACCGGGCUGUUUUACUUUAUAUACUGCAAUCCAGAGUACUGCUAUGAAUACUCAAGUAUGCGAAAGGCAUUUGGAUGGGAUGAUGAUGACUCGAUCUUUCCGAAAUAUUUCAAGAUUCAGGUAAAACCAUGUAGUCUUGAAAAUAAUACUUCGCCAAACUUACUCACACAAUGCAAUUUGGAGAAACAAGUUUCGACAAAUAAAUGAGAAGAAUGAUAAAUAAGAUCAUAUUCUUCCAGUUUAUGGAAUUAGCGUUGUUUAUAUUUUUCUUGACAAAUAGGUGCUGUUCUUUUUCCACUUCAAGCAACCCAGUGUUAGGCUCACAAAAAGUUCUGCUGCCCAUUUAAGGGGACACCUUGA